UCACUCUCGCUCUUGGCCGAGGCAUCUCGGGGGCGUGGAAAUUUGUUACCUCACUCAAGUCAUCCAUUCUCGGCACCUGUUGGUAUCCCAGAGCGGGGAAAGUUGUGCAGCCGCUAUGGCGGAUGAGAAUAAUCACCCUGUCUCCUCGCCUCCGGAAAACGUCAUUCAUGUUGCGAGCUUGGUCCCAUCCAGUCCUACCACGGAGGAGUUCCCUCUUAGUGACCAUACCAAUCAAUCAUCCGGCAAACGGACCACGGCGGCUCCUAAACGGGCGGCGAAACACGAUGAAGAUGGCAAAGCUGAGGAAUCCAGCACGAAUGACUUCUCGGACGAAGUCUAUCAGCCGGCUACUCAAAAGCGCAAAGUCCUCAAGAGUCGUAAAUCACAUCCCACGAAGAAGCCGCGUCGCAUGCCCGCUGCCGCCAGGAAGCCUGCAAAGGACAAGAAGUGGGAAGCUCCGUUUGUCUAUACGGACUCAAAAUCACCACUUGCCCAAGCUGACUUGAGAGCAAUUUUGCUGCAUCCCAGAGCUUGGGAAGUCCUUACUCCACAGGAGAAACAGGAAGUUCUGGCCAAGUUUCCUGACGAGACUCAUAUUCUGAACGCGGGAACUGAAGCUGCGCGUCCAAACUUAGAGUCAAUGCGUAACGAUGACAAUUUCAGACACGACUGCGCUCGCUAUUGUGAGAACAUUGAGCUCGGGCGGCACGAUGAGGAGUGGUUGAGCCAGGCUUGGACCGCUCACGAGAGGCACAAGCGCGGCGAGUUCGAGGCCUUUCUUCAGAGCCAGUUUGAAGAAGAUUGGGAAGUUGAGCUUCCCAAGAAGGAUGAGCCUGACAGUCAUGAGCUGAGUCACCGCUUCCAAGGUGAUCCAUCUCAAUCAUCGGAGCAGGAGGUGCCAGAAUCGACUGAGCAGCCUCAGCCCGUGUCUGCAAACAAGGGCCAAGAGUCUCAGUCACCGAUUCACAUCACACAGGAACAAUUACCGCCUGUACGAUCCGAUGUUGAUGAGCGCAAGUUGCAAAACGGUGAUGAGAAGGUUCCCCCUGACCAGACACCAGUCACCGGGGAGGUCGCACUGACCGCCGGUACGGAAAACGACGGGGAUCCAGCUAAAACCAGGGAGGAACCAAGCCAUGAAGAAAAUGGUUCCUAGGAAUCGAAAAUUCAGAAGAAGCUUAACUAUGCUGAGAAAGCGAUUCAAAGCCGAUCAUGGGGGUACGGCGAGUAU